GCUGUGCCAAUUUCUACUGUUGAAUUUCUGAAUUUCCAGCAUUGGACAACAAGGAGGAGGGAACAGGAAAAGGUAAGCCCAAACAAGGCCUAAGGGGUCAAGCUAGCUAGCUUAGUAAGCCAGCUAGUUUGACAGGCAUUUUGGCUGCUUUUGUUAUCACUUUACAUUAUCUGCAGUUUUUUGUCUGCAGGCUUUUUAAAAAGUGCAGGUGAUAGAGGAGCUGAUCAUGUGAACUUCACCUGCAUAUUGUGUAUCAGUAAACCCGCCUCAUUAAGGCUACUUAAUGGGAUCAUCUGCAUGAUUUUUAAGUUAAACUGGGUACAUUUUAAUGUUCUUAAUAUGAAAACCUUAAAGCUUUUACCUCAAUGGAAAAUGGGUAUGCAUUUAAAAUAUGCUAUGUACAAAAUAAUUUUACAGAUCAAUUUGCAUUUUAAAGUAUCUGAAUUCUGUAGUUUAUGAGCAAAUUGGGAUUUAUUCAUAAAGGUUGUUGAUGGACUACCAUAGCAAUAUAUAUAUGUAUAUAUACACACACACACAGAAAUAUACACAAAUAUACAUGGAAAAAAUCAUCCUUUUGGGUUUUAGGUUCUAUUUUGCUAGAUAACACAUCACAACUGUUGCCCGACUGUGGCAAGAAAACAUGAUAAUUUGCCCUUACAGUUGAGAGAACACAGUGCUGAUCCUCAUAGGCUGGUGUACAUGCUCAAAAAAAACUGCUGAUCACAAUAUCCAGCCAGCGGUAUAUGGAAAUAUUUAGUGAUACCUGAACUGCCAGUUAGCAAUGGAGUUCAUACCUGAGCUGAAGGACUCGCUCAGAACUACAACAGGUAAGUAAAUACUGGCUUACAGCACUCAAAACCAAGCUAUAGGUAUAGUAGUUUGUUACUCUGCUGUUAAGUAUUGCUUAUUACUGUCGCAUUUCCUUUUUAUAAAUUCAAAUUUCAAAAUGUCGUAUUCUCCAGUAUGUGUCACCAGAAAGAUUAACCAUGUCUUAAAUCUCCACAUAGUUCUUUCCCUGGUGGUUUUUGUCCUUCUCCCAGCACUCUGUCUUGAAGGUCAGCAUGUGGUGGUUGGUCCGUCUCAUCCCAUUGUGGCAAUAGUAGGUGGUGACAUCCUUUUACCAUGCCGUCUGGAACCUGCCAUGAAUGCUUUGGACAAGACUGUAGAGUGGACGAGAGCAGACCUGGACCCCAGAUUUGUUUAUGUGUGGCGUGACGGUGUGGAACUGGAGAGUAAAAAACAUCC